AUGGCUCUGCUCAAGCUUUUUCUGAUGGCUUUCAGCUUUGUCUUCUGGGCAGCAGGUCUGACCAUGCUUACCAUAGGUGUCUGGGCCAAGAUUUCACUGGGCACCUAUUUGGUGCUGUCCACCAAUGAAUAUCCCAACACCCCCUUCAUUCUGCUGGCCACGGGCACUGCUGUGAUUGUGUGGGGCUUUGUGGGUUGCUUUAGUGCUGCCACAGAACAUCGUUGCCUCCUGCGCACUUACGGGAGCUUUCAGCUGGCUGUGUUGGUGGCUGGUUUAGCAGCGGGGCUCUCUAGCUUGUUCUAUCGCAAGGAUAUUGCUGAAGGUUUCCAGAAUGGGCUGCGGGAAGCCAUCCGUUCCUACACCGAGGAUGAGGAAAAGGCAGAGGCUCUGGAUUCCAUCCAGCGCAUGUUGGACUGCUGUGGGGUAGAGAGUUACCGGGACUGGUUUUCCUCGCCCUGGUCAAUGGAGCAAGAGGCACCCAAUGGCUCGGUUCCUGUGAGCUGUUGCAGGACACGCAAAGGCUGCCUGCACAGUCCUCUCCCAGCAGAUGCCCGGGGCAUCUUCCAUGAGGGAUGCUUCAGCAAGGUGUAUGAUUUCGUCAGUGACAACGUGUUCUACAUUGCCACAGCUGCACUUGGACUGGCACUCAUGCAGGUCGUUGGCAUCGUCCUGUCUUGCCUCCUGGCUUCCCGAAUUCUGCCGCAUGCUGAGCCACAGAGAGGAGCCAUUCCACACUGA